CUAAAAAAAGUUAUGGCGGGACUGUUUAAAAUGGACACAGUCGAUGCCUUGGAUAGUCAUGGGAUAUCACAUUCCAAAGCGAACAAAGAUCCAAUAGGAUUUCCUUCUAUUUCAAAACAUGAGCAAACUAAGAAACGCAUAUUGAUUCAACGGAAUAAAACGUUUGCAGGGCGUGUCCCAGCGCCUGGUCAUGAAUAUGACUUCCGCCGGACUCCAGAUCCGGGCCGUGCAACUCCGAAGAAAUGCAUGAAUGGUCAGUUAAGGCCAUGUAUACCCGCGGACACACCGGUUGAUAUUGAGAGACUUUGCCUCAAUGAAUCUCCCGUGAUGUCAAGAUACAGGGGAAAGGAGAAACUGGACAUAAAUCGAGCACCUACCCCUAUGCCGGUUGAUUCGGAAUUUAAUAAACACGUAGAGCCUUCUGCCCCUCAACCUACAGCACGAUCUGCGUGGGAUCAAACGAAUGCCGGCACUGCCGACGGAGGGGAUUUAGAGGUUGUCUUUGACGAUUUUGAACUGAAAACACCAAGAUAUCCCGUAUUCAAGAUGAAAGAUCGUGCUGGUCGAAAGCUCAAACCGGCGACUCAGCAGAACACCUAUGACGUCAUCAUGUCCGAUAUUGAACAUGAAAAUAUAAACCCAUCACCUACGCUAAAUGCUCCAUUAAAUUUGACAGAAAAUGUGCUCAAUUAUUAUAACUAUCAUAAACCAGUAAAUAAAGAUAGACGUAUUGCAAGAUGGUUGGUGGAUUGUAAUGAAAAAUCACAAAACCAACUACCUGCACAUUUACCGGAUAUUAAUAGUGCUAGUUCACGCAGAAACAAUGGAACCGUGUCUUUUGAAGAUAUUUGAUGGUUGAAGACGACAACAUUCAUAUCAAUAAUUUCCAUUGAAUUGUGCUUCUUUCUCGCCAAAUAACACCAGAGGUUAAAUACAACGGCAACAGAAACAAGCUGUACCCAUUGCCUAUUAGCUCUAAUUAAAGUGAAUUGGUCCGUAAUGGAAGGUCUGUAAUGCCAUAAAUAAUUAUGUUGGUAAUAUUUAGUAUCUU